AAGGAAACGCGAGCCUUGGGUCCACCAGGUGUGGAAAGGAACGCCCGCCUAGCUCACCUCCGGAGGCUGGGCAAGGCUCCCGAUUACAAACAGGGGCGGAGCCGGCCCGGAUCACCUCGGCCCAGGCGGAACUGUGGGGUCUGGUCGUAGAACCUGGAUCUCGGACUCACCUAUGCGGGGCCGGAGACAGGGCCAGGACCAACACUCACCUGAGCCCGCGGAAACCGGGCCCGAGAGUAGCCCCGGGACUCGCCCAGCGCGCGAAGCGAGGUGCUCCCGGCUGGCCCCACCUGAGCCACCCUCCGUCCGUCCGUCCCGGCGCGGCAGCCAUGACCUGGAGUGCCACGGCCCGGGGCGCCCACCAGCCCGACAACACCGCGUUCACUCAGCAGCGCCUCCCAGCCUGGCAGCCGCUGCUGUCGGCCGGCAUCACGCUGCCGCUCUUCUUCUGCGCGGGCCUCGCCUUCAUCGGCCUGGGCCUGGGCCUCUAUUACUCCUCCAAUGGCAUCAAGGAGCUUGAGUACGACUACACCGGCGACCCCGGCACCGGCGGCUGCUCGCUGUGCGCCGCUGCGGACCAGGACCGCGCGCCGCCGCGCAGCUGCUCGUGCGCCUGGCACUUCUCGCUGCCGGAGCUCUUCCAGGGCCCCGUGUACGUCUACUACGAGCUCACCAACUUUUACCAGAACAACCGGCGCUACGGCGUGUCCCGCGACGACAGCCAGCUCAGCGGGCUGCCCGGCUCGCUGCGCCACCCGGUCAACGAGUGCGCCCCCUACCAGUACAGCGCGGCCGGCGUGCCCAUCGCGCCCUGCGGCGCCAUCGCCAACAGCCUUUUCAACGACACCUUCACGCUGUGGCACCAGCGCGGGGCCGGCGGGCCUUACGUCGAGGUGCCGCUCGACCGCACCGGCAUCGCCUGGUGGACCGACUACCACGUCAAAUUCCACAACCCGCCGCUGGUGAAUGGCAGCCUGGCCUUGGCCUUCAAAGGCACCGCGAAACCGCCCAACUGGCACCAGCCGGUCUACAAGCUCAGCACGGACCCCAACAACACCGGCUUCAUCAACCAGGACUUCGUGGUGUGGAUGCGCACGGCGGCGCUGCCCACGUUCCGCAAGCUGUACGCGCGCAUCCGCCAGGGCAACUACUCCACCGGGCUGCCGCGCGGCGCCUACCGGGUCAACAUCACCUACAACUACCCGGUGCGCGUCUUCGGCGGCCACAAGCGCAUUAUCUUAAGCAGCAUCUCGUGGAUGGGCGGCAAGAACCCCUUCCUGGGCAUCGCCUACCUGGUCGUCGGCUCCCUCUGCAUCCUCACGGGCUUUGUCAUGCUUGUGGUCUACAUUCGCUACCAGGACCAGAACGACGAGGACGAGGACCAGGAGUGACUCCCGCUUUCCAGGCAUCCUUCCUCCAUGCCAAAACGCUCUUACAAGCUACUCGGGCUUCUUCUCUCUCUCGCCCCUCACCCAAUUCCAGCCUCACCUCUCUUUCCCUCCUGUUGUGGAGGAGGGGACCAGAGAGAGGAUUGUCACCCCACUGGGGGCUACCAGACUCUUGCUGGGGUGCUUGGACUGCAGAGUGAGACAGCCUUGCAAAUGCUCCCCACCUCCUUCAUGACUUACCUAGUUGACCUGUUAGAUUAUUCAAGUCCUUAGCAUUUGAGAACUGGAAGGGGCAGUAGAGACCCCUGUUGAACUCCUAUCUGAUGAAGAGACUGAGACCUAGAGAUAGUAAACAACUCAUUCAACACCAGGCAACUAAUCAUUGGCUUCUGACUAUGACUCUAGAGCUUUUACCACUACAGAAUAUUUUAGUUUUCUUUUUUGGGGGGGUGGGGGUGGGGUAGAAAGUGGAGCCCACAGAUAACCUGCAGAGGUAUGGAGGGGUGAGGCAGAACAUUCUUGUUUAAAAUAUAGAUAGACUAGGAGGCACCAUCCCCAGAGAUUCUGACACAGUAAGGCUGGGCUGAGACCCUUGAAGCUGCGUUUUAACAAGCCCUCUGGAGAUUUCCUCCUGUAUUCCCUCAAAUUUGGGAAUCACUACCCUGAACCAGUGACCAAGUAGAAUGCUGGAUUUUCCCGUUUCCUCGUGUGUCUGAGGUUGGACCUGAAGCAAUCACCUCAGUCCAGUUUUUCAGGUAGUCGUUUGUUCCCAGAGUCAGUGACAAUUAAUGUAGCAGGUUUGGUCUAGCAUGCUGUGCCUUGAACAUGGGAGGGAAUGUGUUAGCCCUCGAAUUAGAUAGUGAGAAGGGAUCUUAGAGUGAAAGUGAUUUCCCUAAGGCAUACCUGCCUCCUGACUCCUGACCUAGUCCUCUUGGUCAUCUAAAUUCUUUUUUAUGCUUAGAGAGAAAGGGCUACAUUCAUACCUUUUUCUUAAGUCUAAGAAAAAGCUUUUUAAUCUGUGUUCUCAAAUGAAGCAUGUUUGUUUCUAGUAGUAACUAUGUUUAAAUGAAUGCUAAGGAAUAUAGUCUUAUAUGUAAAGAAGAACUUAAGAAUCAUUUGAACAUUUGAGAUAAUGUUGAACUCUAACAUCAUUCUAAUAUAUACAAAGUUAUUCUAAGAAGUAAUUGAAUUUUUUUUUAAACUUUUUUUUAAGGCUAAGGAACUUUUAAAUAAAAUCCUUAAUGACAUCAUUUUAACCCGGUGAUUUGCUGAAAGCAAAUAGUUAUAUGGUAUUCUAUCAGACAGAAUUCUCCAGUACCUGCUGUCUAUCUAUUACAGCUACUUUCUAGUUACUACUGUAUUUUGCUCAGGAGUGUAAAGCAGUGCAAGACCCUGAACUAUUUUUUUUUUUAAUAAUCAAAGAAAUACUGAAUUGUAUUGAGUAAUUUACAUUUAUUUUAGUCUACUCUAGUUCUUUGAAAAUUAAUGAUUGAUGGACAGCACACAUGUUCAUUAUAUCUGAUCUAUCUUCUGGAAUGUUGUAAUUUAAGAGAUUCUGUUCCACUAUUUACAUAAACUAAAUAUUUUAGCGGUUCCAGAGUAUGGGCUUCCCAACUCCUGAAGGUGACACAAUUUUAUUAUCAGAUUGCAUAUUGUGAUUUUAGACUAUCAUUAUAUGUAUAUAGAGUAAUUUUUAUUUAUUGUGAAUGAUUGAGCAGCUCACUAGCCUAGCCCUCCUUUACGCUACAUAAGAGAAUUUAUUACUUUUUUUUACUAUGUAGUUGAGAGUAACCAUGUAUUUUGUUGUCAUUUGUACAAUAUUCAGUCUAUUACUAUAAAAUUUUAAGUGAGACUACAAAAGUUAAGAUAUGCUGAUUAAAUCAGUGAGUAAAGUUCCAGGCCUUAUUCUCUGGGUGUUUGAAAGAGAAUAAAGGUUAUGUUUGUUUUACCUUUGUUAUCGCAUUUAAUUCUUUUGAACUGUGAUCUUAAAGGCACAAACAGUACCAACCUCUUUGCUCAUUUGUUAGUAGCAAAUUUAUAUUGCAGCAAGAAAAUCAUCUUUUAGAAUAAGGCUCCAAGUGAUCUCAACCUUUCAUUGCUAACUUCCUAAAAAAUUUGAACUUCGAUCAAAUGUGUGAAUUAGACGAUAUUCAACUAUUGCUUGAAUAUGGUAAAAUGUCAAUUUUUUAAAAAAUAUGUACUAUUAAAAGUUACUAAAGAAUGUGA